AUGAGAGAUAGUGGUGAAACAGCCUCCGAAUUGGUAGAUGCUUUUAUGGAAGAGCCAGAGGAGAUUCCAACAACGUGUAAAAACUCUUCUAAGUCUUAUAUGGAAAGCCUUCUUUCUCCUGACGGUGGGAAGAUUUUCACCGAUCUAAAUAGUUUAAUGAAGGAGAUGGAAGAAUUCGAAGAAUGGUGCUCUCCCUGGAGGAACUCUCUGGUUAUCAAUGUGCUUGGGAAACGUGUGGCCUAUAAAAUGUUGGAUAAUAAAGUACAACGUGAAUGGGCAAAAUCUGGGAUUGUCCGCCUAGUUGACCUGACCCAAGACUACUAUCUUGUUCAGUUCUCCUCUGAAGAUGAUUAUAAGCAUGCAUUAUAUGAAGGGCCGUGGAUGAUUGCAGACCACUACAUUGUAGUACAAAGGUGGAGGCCAUUCUUUACGCUCACGACAUCACAAACCCGUAAAAUUGCUGCAUGGGUUCGCAUUCCAGGUCUACCAAUUGAGUUGUUCAAUGAUCGCUUUCUUUGGCGUGUAGGAAGCAAAUUGGGCACAAUGCUCAAGAUUGAUAAGCUGACUUCUGUCCAGACUCGUGGGAGAUUUGCCAGGAUAUGUGUGGAGAUUGAUCUCAAGAAAAAUUGGUACCGCAUAUAA